GACGUUUUGACAUGGGGACGUUUUUACUGUAAAUCUGUCACUUGGCUAUAGAUAUAUAUCUAGUCUUCCAUUUGACCGUCAAUUACUGAAAAAAACGACAGUUUUUGCACUGAGAUAUUGAAGCAGAGAUAUGAGUUGAACUCCCGGUAAGUGUCGCUGUCCUCAUUUUUGUUUCACCCUGAAGAACACAGGACAUACUGGAACAUAUUGGAGGACCGGGUGUCAGGGAACUUAAUUCGAAGAAAUUUCAAAUGGACGGGCUUGACCGGCGAUCGGCCGGCUGGCUUGCCGUCAUUCUUUGUCUAGCCGCAACUGUGACGUCACAACACUGUCGUCUGCCACCGCGCUGGCUUAUUAACGGCGAGGCCCCGAUGGAGGGCACGCAUGGUGACAUCACUGUUGUGGCGCUGCUGCAAGCCAGCUGACCUUUGUGUCUCUGGCAAGCGUCCGGACUUGAGCAUAUUCGUGGUGUGCUCGCCCGGAACAACAUCACAGACAUACGCUUCAUCAUCAUUAACUCGGCACAGCAGCACGCCAUGGACAACGUGGAGGAACUGGUGCGCCGCGUCUCAUUUCCGGUCUACCAAGACACCGCUAGGGGAAACAUCUGGAAUCUACUCGGCGGGGGCAAAGAUGACGUCCUCUUUUAUGACAAAUGCGGAAUGUUGACCUAUCACAUUCGAUACCCAGACAGUUUAUUAAGUAAACACCACUUCCAAGAUGGCCUUUGGGGCACAUAUUACAGUAACCCCUGUUCUUGCGACCCAAACAGUCCCAGGGAGUCGCAACAUAAUUCUUACCAGUCAAAUGAAAAUAGCCAGCCAAGUCACCAAGACCACCAUGAACAACAGCAUCAUAAUCAUCAUCACGGUGACCACCAACACCAUCACCAUGGUAGAGUGGGCCGUCAGAGACGCCAUGUAAACCAUAGGAAACAAGAAGGUGUUCAGAAUGUUCAUGCUCUUAAAAAAGUCAGAGCAGCAGAUUCAGUACCUAUGUUCCAUGAAGAUUGCCGCCACGAUGACACUUUGUGUCAAGUGUUGUCAUCAACCAGAUUACGUUUUCGAAAGCGUUAUAAAGCACGACGCAUUAGUCGACUUGUUUCACGGCAGAAUUCACACAGAAAUGGUAAAGGCAUUCGUCUAUCUAUAAAUGCCAAAUCAAAUGCCAUGGAUGAAUAAUUGGGACUUUAAUUUCUUGAAUACAUCUACAACUCAGUAAAAAUAGUAACGUACAGAAAAAAACAUAGCCAAACUUGGAUUUGGAACAUUCCUUUUUGCUUUUUUGACAUUUUAUUUGCAGUCGGAUCGUUAAAUGAAGUGAACAGCUUAAGCCACAUGGUUGCUGCUUACGGAAAUAAAUUGUACGCUAGGGGCUGCAAAUCUUAUGUUGAUAUUUGCAAAAUGUUUGAUGUAUUGCAUUUGUAUGUUAAAUAAAAUACAUUUAAAGUUA